AUGCGUAACAUCGCGGAGAAGAUGCGGAGGGACAAGCUGAACAAUUAUGUUACGGAGCUCGCCUCUAUCGUCCCCCUCGUGUCCGGAGCAAACAAGCGAGUUGACAAGACGUCUGUGCUAAGGCUGGCCGCAAACUUCAUAAGGAUACAUAAGAUUCUCAAGAUUGACGGGGAGUUCUCCUGGAGCUGGAUUCGCCAUUCCAAAAGCCUCUCGCAGAAUUAUUACCUUUUUUUCAACAUAGCUGUAUACCUCCCCCAGGCCAUAGGCGGCUUCCUCAUGGUGGUCACUUCGACGGGAAAAGUCCUGUACGUUUCAGAGGCCAUGGAAGAAAUAUUUGGCCAUAGUCAGGUCGAACUCCUUGGGAGAAGCAUUUAUCAUGUGAUUCAUCCCGAAGAUUAUGAUAUUAUUCAAGAACAGCUUAACUCCAAAGACACUUCUCGGAGAUCCUUCUUCUGUCGCAUGAUGGAAAAGGCUCUUUCCCGAAACGACCCAAGUCGCUACGAGAUCGUGCACAUCGUCGGGUCCAUCCGAAUGCUGCUUCAGCCCACGGGCCACGACCAGGCUGCUGAUCCCGCGAGAGACAGUUGCGAUAAGUCUCUGUCAGACGGCGAAGACAGAAUGGGCUCCGACUCCGACGGGGACGACGCCCAGAGCGCCCCGGCAGUCAAUAAGGUGGGCACGCAUCUUCUCGUGGCCUUCGUCAGGGUCGUGAAGGACCGGCCCAUAACCGAGCUCUCAUUGGUCGAGUCCACGCAGGACGAGUACAUAACACGCCACUCCAUGGACGGCAAAAUCCUCUAUACAGAUCACAGAAUCUCCUUCGUGACGGGUCUCAUGCCGCAGGAGGUUUUGGGUACAUCAGCCUUCCACUACAUGCACCCCGAUGAUCUCGUCUGGUCCAUCGUGGCUCACAAGCUCAUGUUCAAUAGCAGCCAGGGGCAAGGUAUGGUAUCUUACAGACUGAGGUGUAAGGGCAGUAAAUUCGUUACUCUUCGUUCACGUGGUUACAUUGAGUCCAACAAGCAAACGGGUCAAGCUGAGACCUUCGUUUGCAUUAAUACAGUUGUCAGCUCCAAAGAGACAGAAAAUGAAAUUAAAAGUCAAAGAAGAAAGCUAUUGCCCAUGGUAACCACGCCUCAAGGAGAUAACCACCUCACCACGGUCUCGUCGGCGAUGCCUCCCGAGUUGUUGUCAGCGAUGAAGAAAAUGUUGGACCCGCAGUAUGUGAAAAAGCUGUUUGACAGCAUAGAUGACAUGGGGUUUGAGGUGAGUAUGGAGGCCAAGAUGACAGCGACUAAGCCAGACUGGAAAGAGGAGGAGGAAGAGAAGGCAUCAGUGCCAGGUACUAAUAAUCGGAGCACAGACCAGGAGGUUUCUGCUGAAUUCGGUGCAUCCAAAAAUUCGAAGAAGAGAGCCUUGGAGGGAACGUUAUCCCCUCAACCAAAGAAGUUCUGCACCUCAGAAUUCUUUCGCGGGCAGGAGGUCUUACACAGUACAAAUUCCAUCUCGGAACAGAACCAGAGCUUUCGGCAGUCGAACUUCAGCCAUUCCAGUUCGCCCGUCUAUGGAAGCCACAGUUCCUCACUGCUCGCUUCUCCGCAGAAUAUGGUCUGUGACAUGAGUCCAGCGCGCGCCAAGCAAGGGCCAGCCUUGCGUUCUUAUUAUGAUUCUGUCUUGCCUCAACCUCCUCACUCAUCAGAAGGCGGCGGCCCAGUUCGCGGCCACCUUCAUCCGGAGCUCAGAAAAGGGUUCCACCACGACCACAAUGCUCAAAAUACAUCAACGAAUCAGGGUAAAGAUUGCCAUGGCGGAGGGGGGAUUCCAAACAAGACUGAGAACCAGGCGGGUGACGCUGCCCUCUCGAACCAGGGCUUUCAGAACAACCCGAAGUGUGUCGAAAGCCCUCGUUCUUAUCGCCAAUCCGAGGCCAACAGUUCACCCAUGUAUCCGUCGAUAACUGCUCAGAAUCCCCAUUUCCCUCAGAAUUCGCCAUCGCUUAUCCAUUCACCACAAGUAAGAACAUUUCCUCAAGGAGAACAAUCUGUUGUUCCAUUAUUCCCACACACAAAUCAGGCAGACCAAAAUUUCCGCUUUUCGUCUCGAAUGGAGGUUCUGAUCAGCAGCCAGAGGCAGCAACAACAGUACAUGCAACAAUCAGAACGACAGCAGUUACAACUGAAACAACAGUCUCUAAAACAGCAAGAUGCAGCGCAAAAUCACCAAGAUCAGUAUCGACAGCAUUCCCAACAAAAUCAGCAAACUCAACAAUUAAAUUAUCAGGUGCAUAUAAAUUGUCAGCAGUCAGUGCAGAAUUACCAACCAGGUAGAUCGUACCAACAAACAAGACAACUGCAAGAGCAACACCAGAAAACAGGACAUCAGUUUCAACCUGGAGCAAUAUACCAACAAUCUAUACAAACCGAACACUCAGUACAACCCCAACAAUCAGAACUGCAUCUCAAGCAAUUAGGUCUGUGUCAGCAGCCGGAAAUGCAGCAUCAACCGAGGCAGCAUCAACAACAAGACAUGCAUCAUCAGCAGUUAAGACAGCAUAACCAACUAGAACUGCAGCCUCAGCAUUCCAGGCAUGAACAAUCUGAACAGCAAUACCAGCAGACGAGACACCACCCUUCAGACCCGCACCACCAACAGAAAAGAAAUCAGCAUCAUUUACACCAACAACAGUCAGGCCAGAUUCAGUACAUGAGCCAUCAGGCACAGAAUCGUCCUCAGACACAACUAAACGCGAAUGUACGUGGACAGGCGUUUCCUUCAGGGCAGAUCCAGCAAAAUCCUUCUCUUCAGCAGUGGCAUUCCAGUUCUGCGUUCUGCCACACGCAAAAUCAGAAUGGAAACUAUGGACUGUAUGAUCCCUUAUCAAUUGCGUCCUCUUCAGGCAUGCAUAACCCAGGCUCAACAACCAUUCAGACCAAGUCCUCGGGACCACAGUUCUGAUAGGAAAACGGUCUCGGAACAAACCUGGGAAUGCGAAGAGACAAGAUUUCUUCCUGAAUUGUUUCUGACUGAAAAAAUGCUCUCGAAAAUCAUUUUCUUCGAUGUGGCUGUGUACUUAUGGAUAAUUAUAUAUUUAUAACAUAA